ACACAGCCCGUGCGCUCCCCGCUCGGUGUUCAUGAGGUGUGUCGCGAGCGCUCGGGGGCUGGUGCCGCGCCGCUGAUGGUGCCGAGCACCUCACCCUGCAAAGGAACGCGACUCAGACUUAUCGGUGGGACUAUUGACUCAACAGAGGUGUAGAUCACCGCACGCAGCGGCGAGGCACGAUGUUCGGCAGCUUGAAGCAGAAGUUGCAGUCGCUGAGCCCUCUGGCCAGCCCGGUGGCCAGCCCGAACUCAUCGCCGCGGCCGCGUCGACGGCUGCCGUUCGGUCGCGGCCCGGCGCGCCGCCGCCAGCGGCGGCAGGAGUACCGCGAGGUGCAGUCCGACCCCGAGUGCGACUACGGCUCGACCCGGCGCCCCCCGCGCCAGCACGGCGACUCGGCGCGCGGGCUCUUCCUGGACGACUUCUACGACGGCGUGACGGGGAAGGCGGUGCGGAACGGCGGCGCCGAGCCGGGCUCUGGCCACCCUGCCACCGCGGGACGGGCCUCGGGACAGAGUCAGGUGAGUUACGUGGACAUGGAGGGUACGUGACGUAGACAGGUGCUAAUAAAAGGUAAGAAAAUGUGUUGUCCGUCAUUGACCCCGGCGCAAGUGUAUCCUAUGGUCGUGUAUAGCAGUCGCGGAAAAAAACUUACACAGUUCAGUUGCCGAGCUAGGUGUAUUCUGCGCAUACAUUUGAAAACGGAAGCCCAUGAACAUAAAUAUAUACUAGGAUGCCUACAAGAUAAACAUACACAAUAGAACUGGCAUGACGAUAUACAUACACAAAAGUUGUCAUGACGGUAUACAUACACAAGGGAGUUUACAUGACGACAUACCAAAUCAUUUUUUAGUCUAGCUCGGUCAA